GAAAAGCUUCCUGAUAAAAAGAGAACAUCCCUCUGUGAGAGCAUUGCAGAGCUUCAUUCCUGUCUUUUUCACUCGACCAGCAACAUCUCCCUGUAAAGAUGGCCCCUAAUAUGGUGAUCCAGAAUAUGCCCUUCAAAGUUGGACAGACCGUGGCUAUUGCGGGAACUAACACACCCAAUGCAGCCAAUUUCUCUGUGAAUUUUGGCCACAAUGAUGAGAACUAUGCCUUACACCUGAAUCCACGUUUUGAUGCCUGUGGACAGAGGAACACGAUUGUCUGUAACUCUUUGGAAAAAGGCUGCUGGAAGGAGGAAGUUUUUCCUGGGGGCUUUGCUUUCUUCAAAGGAGAGAACUUCAAGAUCAUCAUUAAACUGACCUGUGGAGGAUUUUUGAUUACCUUACCAGAUGGCUUUCAAUUCACUUUCCCCAACCGCCUGCAUUCAGAUGAAUACUCUUACUUCUGCUUUGUUGGUGAUGUUAGCAUUAGGAGCAUUCAGAUCUACUGAGCUACUGAGCUUCCAUCAUCAUAAAACUUAUUAGAAACCCAAAAAUGUCAACAGAAGUGUUAGGAUUCAAUGACCUCUAUAUCUGUAACGUUAUUUUAAACAAUAGAAUAUGAAAGCUACACAGGAUUUCCUUCAAUAAAUCUUUAAAAGUCUCUUA